GCGGGUUCGGUGGAACAGGGAGGCGGCGGCGAGUCUCACCCCCCUCCGGAGCGCGCGUGGUGCGGCCCGGCCCGGCCGCCUCCCUGUCGCAUCCCGGGCCGGGGCCGAGGAUGCGCCGUGGGGUCCCGCGGCGCGCGCCGGAGCGAGCAGGGGGCUGCGGGGGGGGCUGAGGAGCCACCAUGGCCCGCCAUGAGCCCGCCAGCCCGGUGGUGCGGCAGAUUGACCAACAGUUCCUGAUCUGCAGCAUCUGCCUCGACCGCUACUGCAACCCCAAGGUGCUGCCCUGCCUGCACACCUUCUGCGAGAGGUGUCUGCAGAACUACAUUCCGGCCCAGAGCCUGUCCCUGUCGUGCCCCGUGUGCCGCCAGACCUCGAUCCUGCCCGAGCGGGGGGUCCCGGCGCUGCCCAACAACUUCUUCAUCACCAACCUGAUGGAGGUGCUGCAGCGGGACCCCGACCCCCGCGGGGCCCCCCCUGCCCCCCUGCCCCCCCUGGGCGCCGCCACCGGGCAGCCGCUCUGCUGCCCCAACCACGAGGGAAAGGUGAUGGAGUUCUACUGCGAGCCCUGCGAGACGGCCAUGUGCCGGGAGUGCACCGAGGGGGAGCGGCGGGAGCACCGGGACCACCGCACCGUGCCGCUGCGUGACGUGCUGGAGCAGCACAAGGCGGCCCUGCAGCACCAGCUCGACGCUGUGCGCGCCAGGCUCCCACAGCUGGCAGCAGCUGUGGGGCUGGUGGCCGAGAUCAGCCGGCAGCUGGGGCAACGCCGGGCAGAGGCUGAGGCAGAGAUCGGGAGCAGCUUCGAGGAGCUCGAGGCGGCGCUGCGGCAGCGGCGGGAGGUGCUGCUGCGCGACCUGGAGGCCACCUGUGCUGCCAAGCAGCAGGUGCUGGAGGCGCAGCUGGAGGUGCUGCGGCAGGGCCAGGAGAGCAUCCUGAGCAGCUGCGCGUUCACCGAGCAGGCGCUGCACCACGGCUCAGCCACGGAGGUGCUGCUGGUGCAGAAGCAGAUGGGCGAGCGGCUGCGGGAGCUGGCGGCGCGGCCCUUCCCCGAGCACCCGCACGAGAACGCGCAGCUCGAGUUCCACGCCGAGCCCGAGGGGCUGCGCCGCUCCAUCCAGAACCUGGGCGCGCUGCUGACCACCAGCGCCACGGCGCACACCACGGUGGCCACGGGCGAGGGGCUGCGCCAGGCCGUGGUGGGGCAGCCCUGCUCGCUCAGCGUCACCACCAAGGACAAGGACGGCGCGUUGGUGCGCAGUGGCGGCGCCCGCCUGCGCUUCGCCGUGACGGGCCCCGACGGCGCCGCGGCCGAGGCCGAGGUGCAGGACAACCGCAACGGCACCUACGAGCUGGUGUACACGCCGCGCACCGAGGGAGACUUUGUGCUGUCCAUCCUGCUCUACGGGCAGCCCGUGCGCGGCUCCCCCUUCCGCGCGCGCGCCCUGCGCCCCAGCGACGUGCCCCCGUCCCCCGAGGAGGCCAAGCGCCGCGUCAAGUCCCCGGGAGGGGGGCACGUGCGGCAGAAGGCCCUGCGCCGCCCCGCCAGCAUGUACGGCAGCGCCAAGCGCAAGGAGAACCCCAUCGAGGACGAGCUCAUCUUCCGCGUCGGCAGCCGUGGCCGAGAGAAGGGCGAGUUCACCAACUUGCAGGGGAUUUCCACAUCCAGCGCCGGCCGCAUCGUCGUGGCUGACAGCAACAACCAGUGCGUGCAGGUGUUCAGCAAUGAGGGGCAGUUCCGGCUGCGUUUCGGGGUGCGAGGGCGCUCCCCAGGGCAGCUGCAGCGCCCCACGGGGGUCUCUGUGGACACCAAUGGUGACAUCAUUGUGGCCGACUACGACAACCGCUGGGUCAGUGUGUUCUCACCCGAGGGCAAGUUCAAGACGAAGCUGGGCGCGGGGCGGCUGAUGGGCCCCAAGGGCGUGGCCGUGGACCGCAACGGGCACAUCAUCGUGGUGGACAACAAGGCGUGCUGCGUCUUCAUCUUCCAGCCCAACGGGAAGCUGGUGGCGCGUUUCGGCUCCCGCGGCACCGCCGAGCGCCAGUUCGCAGGACCCCAUUUUGUGGCUGUCAACAACAAGAAUGAGAUCGUGGUGACCGACUUCCACAACCACUCUGUGAAGGUGUACAACGCAGAGGGCGAGUUCCUGUUCAAGUUUGGCUCGCACGGGGAGGGCAACGGGCAGUUCAACGCACCCACAGGGGUGGCCGUGGACAGCAAUGGCAACAUCAUCGUGGCUGACUGGGGCAACAGCCGCAUCCAGGUGUUCGACAGCGCGGGCUCGUUCCUGUCCUACAUCAACACGGCGGCUGACCCGCUGUAUGGGCCGCAGGGGCUGGCGCUCACCUCCGACGGCCACGUUGUGGUGGCUGACUCGGGCAACCACUGCUUCAAGGCCUACCGCUACCUGCAGUGAGGGGCGGCACGGCGCGGCGGGGCCCGCGGCUCGGCGGGGAGGCACGGCCGCCCCGGGGCCUCGCCUGCCCCCAGCGCCAUCCUGGCUUCAUGUGCACUUUAUCCCAGGGGGCAGCCGGGCCCGGGGGUGAGGAUGGGUCCCGUGGGGUGGGGGCUGCCUGGGGGUCAUGGUCUGACCCCUCACCCUGCCCCGCAGCAGGGCCAGCAUCCCGCUGCGCCAGCUGACAGGGUGCCCGAGGCGUGGGGGGGUGUGAG